GCCGCUGUCUGCUUCCUCCCAGGGGCCCUGCCCAGACCCUCCAUCUCUGCUGAGCCAGGCUCUGAGAUCCCCCGGGGGAGGCCUGUGACCAUCGUGUGCCGGGGACCUGCUGGGGCUCAGGAGUUUCGCCUGGAGAAGGAGGGAAGAUCCCUGUUCUGGGAUAAGAAGAACAGUUCACCUUCUGAGCGAGAGGCCAGGUUCCUGUUCCCCUCCAUGAGUGAGGACACUGCUGGGCGUUAUCACUGCCUCUACCUAAAGUCCACAUUGUGGUCUGAGCUCAGUGACGACUUGAGGCUGGUGCUGAGUGGGGAGGACGUCACCCAGGUCACCACCCCAGUCCCAGUGUCCCUCAGCCCUCAUGCCCUGAGGUCCCUGGAGCCCUGGUCUCAUUUUGACUUUGUACCCCUCCUCCCCAGAGGUACAGAGGACAGUAACAACCCUGGAGAGUGUCGUCACAUCCCGCAUGAGCCCAGAGCUGUGCCCAGGAGGUCUCCAGUCCACGCCCAGCAGCAGCACCGGGGGCUGUGCGGGGUGCUCACACCCGUCCCACCUCCAGCCGCCCCUGCUCUACUCCUGACCACGGAGCACCUCUACCUUCUCAUCGGGGUCCCCCUGGCCUUGCUCCUGUGUCUCCUCCUCCUGCUCCUCUUCUGCCUCCAUCGCCAGCAUCAGAGGAAGCCGGGGCCUCCCGGUGGCCAGGGCCAGUUGCAGAGGCCACAGGAGAGGCUGGGCCUGGCUGUGGACAGCCUGGAGAGGUCACCAGACAUGGCCACGGCUGAUAGACCCCCUGAGAAGGACAGGGAGACCGGCAACCCUGCCCCUGCUGCAAGAGAUCCCCAGGAGGUGACAUAUGCUCAGCUGGACCACGGAGCCCUCACAGAGAGGGCCACCCGAGCUGGGUCCCCACUGACCCCAGAGCCCAGCACAUAUGCGACCCUUGCCAGACACUGACUCCUGGGCCUGAGGUCACUCCAAGCCACUCUUCCAAAAGCCUGAAGCAGCCAUUUGGAGGACUUCUCUUGGACUCACCCAGGCCUCAGAGAGCUUUGCUGGGGACAGCAGCUGGGGCCUGGCGGUCUCUGAGCAGCAUCUGGGAGAUUCAUCCACCAGGUGGCCCCUGCCACAGCUGAGCAGCUGUCAGAGAGGCUGUGUCACAGCUACUUCCAGAGACCCAGCCUCAGUCCCUGGCUGUUUCCAGAGACCCCGAAACCAAGGUCUCAUCCUAGGGCUGCUUCCAGAGAACCAGCAAAGGCCACUCCUGGGGUCCCACCUACUUCAGAGACUGCAUGCUGAUGAUGCUCAGUGGUCCCUAACGGCCUCCCUGGGGUCCAGUGCUGACCCUGACUGAGGCUGGGCUGCACUCAGGCUGCCGAGAGCUGAGCCGGAUCUCUGGGCCAGACCUCACUUGGUACAUCAGUGGACAUCUUUAAAACAGAACAUCCCAGCCCCCGGGGUCAGGCCAGAGAGGUUCAUGUGGACCCAGUGCUGUGGUCUCAGCUGUUCAGAGCAGAGUGGGGGCUACGAGGGCUGUCAGGGCUUCCUGUUUUCUGCAGAACACAUCGAAUUGAGCAAGGCUGCAUAUAUUCGGGGUGUGCGCCAUGAGGACCUGGCCUAGGCAUGUGCCCUGUAGAUUUCCAGAAUCAAACCCUCAGCACAGCUGCACCUGCACGUUAGAUCCCGGGACUUGCUCAUCUGAAGACUGGAAGCUGAUCAGUGUUUCCUGAUGGAGCAUGAGGGUCGGGGAUGGAGAAGAGAGGGGGUCUAAAGGGAGGUGCAGAGGGCAAAGGCUGCCCCACCCACCCCCACCACACUCAUGCACAUCCAGGCACACAGGCACCACUAACACAUGCCUUCGCACACACGGCCCACACUUCUGUGCACACACAGGCACAUUGCACACACGCACUCUCACACCCCAGGAAAACCCCAAGUACCUGUGAGGUGCUACCCUGUUUCAAAUUAAAAUAGAACAAUUACCCUGUGGACCACUAGGGGGCGGGAGUGCCUCAUCUUGAUUAAUAUGUGUGCCUGUCUCAAAAA